AUGCUCCUAUAUAAACCCGGGAUUGUGACGGCUAUUGUCGUCGCCGGGGCAUUAUCUCGAGAGAUCUCCGUUGAAACAGCGCACGAUGCGAUUGAUCAAGAGAACUGGGAGGCUGCAGCCGCCAAAGCCAUGAAUCUUAUCAGCAAGUUGAACCUGACCGAGAAGGCUUCCCUGGUCACCGGAACAGCCAAUGGAAACUGCAUUGGAAAUCUUGCGCCCAUUGAUCGAGUCGACUUCGGUGGUCUCCGUUUGUCUGAUGGCCCACAGGGUCUGCAUCUUGCAGAUAUGGCAAGUGUAUUUCCGUUAGGGCUGACUGUCGCGGCGACAUGGGACAGAGAACUGAUUGCGCGGCGAGGAGCUGCCAUGGGGGCCAAGUUCCGUGACAAAAGCGCCAAUGUUAUGCUGGGUCCUUCGACAGGCCCUUUAGGACGCAGCUCGUGGGAGGGGUUUUCCCCCGAUACUUACCUCUCUGGUGUUGCCAUGCAGGCAACCAUCCGCAGUGCUCAAGCUGUCGGUGUGCAGGCCUGUGCCAAGCACUUUAUUGGAAAUGAACAAGAGACUCAUCGAACCAAUUCUCAGGUUGAUGGUGUGGAUGUUGCUGCCGCUUCUGCGAAUAUUGAUGACCGCACUCUUCAUGAACUCUAUCUUUGGCCAUUUGCAGACGCAGUCAAAGCUGGCGUUUCAUCAUUCAUGUGCAGCUACAACCGAGUCAACAUGACAUAUUCCUGCGCGAAUGAACCUAUUCUCAACCAGAUCCUAAGAGACGAGUUGGGGUUUAAAGGAUAUAUGAUGUCAGAUUGGUUUUCAACACAUUCCGGCGCCAAGGACAUCAAUGCAGGCCUUGAUCUGAAUAUGCCCGGCUUCACUUCCUGA